AUGACUAGGAUUUAUGAUGCCCAUCUCACAAGGGGUAAUCUUUCCACUGUGCUGGGGCACAACCUUGUUACCAAUGUGGAGGAAAAAUGUAUGACUAAUGCCAAUGUGCCUAGAAUUGCAAGAAGGGAAAGAAAUGAGGCGGAAGGGAUGGAAAAGACAUGUCCUCAUCUAUUUGCUUUAGCCAUGACUAGGAUUUAUGAUGCCCAUAUUACAAGGGGUAACCUUUCCACUGUGCUGGGGUACAACCUUGUUACCAAUGUGGAGGAAAAAUGUAUGACUAAGGCCAAUGUGGCUGGAAUUGGAAGAAGGGAAAGAAAUGAGGCGGAAAGGAUGGAAAAGACAUGGGUAAGAAAAGAGAGGAAGAAAGGAAACUUAAUGGAGGAGGGUGUGAAGCCAACUACCAACCUCUUGAGCACAAAGAUUUCAAUAGAUAUUAGGAACCAGCUUGCAAAAUCUUACCACAUACCACCAAGUAGUACAGCCAUGACUAGGAUUUAUGAUGCCCAUAUCACAAGGGGUAACCUUUCCAUUGUGCUGGGGCACAACUUUGUUACCAAUGUGGAGGAAAAAUUUAUGAAUAAGGCCAAUGUGACUGGAAUUGGAAGAAGGGAAAGAAAUAAGGCGGAAGGGAUGGAAAAGACAUGGGUAAGAAAAGAGAGGAAGAAAGGAAACUUAAUGGAGGAGGGUGUGAAGCCAACUACCAACCUCUUGAGCACAAAGAUUUCAAUAGAUAUUAGGAACUAG